GAAAAGAAAAACAAGCCGUAGAAGAGGGCUCUCUCUUGGUUGAGCUUAUCCCCCCCCCCCAAUAUUUCCCUCCACUACCCCCUUAACAAAAAAUCUUUUCAGAUGGAUCGUUAUCAGCGAGUAGAGAAGCCGAAAGCAGAGACACCCAUUGACGAGAAUGAGAUUCGGAUUACCAGUCAAGGCAGGAUGCGUAGUUACAUCACCUAUGCCAUGACUCUGCUCCAGGAAAAGGGAUCGAAUCAAAUAGUUUUGAAAGCAAUGGGAAGAGCCAUUAACAAGACCGUGACUAUUGUGGAGUUAAUUAAGAGAAGAAUUGUUGGUCUACAUCAGAUUACAUCGAUUGGAUCCAUGGAUAUAACAGAUAUGUGGGAGCCUCUGGAGGAAGGACUCCUUCCUUUGGAGACCACCAGGCACGUGUCUAUGAUCACUAUAACCCUUUCGAAAAAAGAAUUGAAUACAUCCUCUGUCGGGUACCAGCCUCCAUUACCAGCUGAUCAGGUGAAGGCAUCCACAGAAAUCGAUCAUGAAGGAGGUAAAGAGGGCUCACCUAAAGGCUGGGGAAGGGGCCGUGGCGGUAGAGGAAGGCCAAGGAGUAGAGGGAAUGGUUUUGUCUCUGCUGAGCAUGAGGAUGAAGGUUGGGACCGUGGUCGUGGCUAUGCUAGGGGUAGAGGUCGAGGAAGAGGACGUGGUCUCCGAGGCCGUGGACGUGGAGGAUACAAUGGACCUCAGUUCGACAGGCAGGAAGAUGAUGGCUACAAUUAUGAAAUCCCUCCCCAAGGUGGUCGUGGCCGUGGCCGUGGUCGUGGCAGGGGGUAUCGUGGAAGGGGCCGUGGAUUUAGAUCUAAUGGGCCAACCCAAGCAGCUGCAUGAGGUGGUGCGUGGCAAUCCUUGAACGAUAUGGAAUGACGGUUUUGAAUUCACAUCCAGUCAUAUGUUUAUGUUUGUCUUUUCUUUUGCUUGUUCUUUAUUUCACUAUAACGUUAGGUUUGCACAUUUUUUCUUCGUUGUUAAGUGCUAGCGGUAGUCUGAAUUUGAGCUGGUGUUGAUGUUCAGGAGUAGACAUAGAAUAGUUGCAUUUCAGGUUUCUACUAGUGCAGGAGGUCUUCUUUUUUGUAGCCUUAGCUUAUAUGUUUUGAACAAUUGUAAACAUAUUUUCUCUUUUAUUAUUUGUUAUCAG